AUGAGUUUGAGUGUGAAGGAGAUGGACAACGACGAGCUCCAAAGAGAAAGCGACGAGAGGAAGGGAAAUCACGGCGGAUCCGAUCGUUCUUUUGCGGGUUUUGGAUUCUCGAAGGUGGUUUUUUCUUUGUUGUGGCGACGUUGGGUGGCGAGAGAUGUCCUUGGGUUGGCUUCGGGCGACAAGCAUCGUUCCAAUGAGUUUGGGUGUGAAGGAGAUGGACGACAACGAGCUCCAAAGAGAAAAUGUUUUCCCGUUGCCCUCCCAAACAAGGGGUGA